AUGACAUUUUUUGUUUGUUCACAGAUGAGGGGACGUGGAAGAAUUAACAAGCCCAAAGGACCGGUUCAACUUCCUGCAAGUGCAAGUCAAGAGGACGCGAAUACAGAUGACGGACAAGAGCAUGAGGCGCAUAUACCACGGGCACCGACGAGACUUGGGGAUACAGAACUUCAGAUAUGGGUACCACUUGCAUCCAGUGUACAGCCAUCUCAUAGAGAUCGAUCAUAUACACCAGUUCCACCAUCUGGCGAUGCACAGCUUCCCCGUCCCCUUCCACCACCUCACCGGCACAGUUCACAUCCUCACCACCCUACUGCAGCUCCACGACCAGCGGUAUCACAUACACAUUCACCUCAUUCUGCAUCCCCUUCUGGUACUGCAUCCGCUAGAGGGACAGGAUCUGCAUCAGCAUCUACUCCAUCAUCUGCUCCUGCAUUUGCUCCAGCAUCAGCUGCAUCGACCGCUGCUGUAGGCGGAACACAGUCAUUCCGACAGACUAUUUCACUCAUUAACAACAAUUUGCAUCUGUCGGAGAUGUGCAGCCGCAGGAUAACUCUGAUAGUGAAAGAAAGAUUGGUCGAGGAAGGCCACUGUUGGAAGACUGUGCCCAAUGAAACCAAGGAGUUUUAUUGGCAGGAAUUUAAGAAAUACUUCCUAUGGGACCAAGCAAUUGACAGUUUGGUAAAAAUUGCCUGGCAGAAAAAGGCAGCUGAGCGAUACAGGGGUUUAAUGUGGGAAAUCCGGAAAGGAAAGGUGAAGAAUCUUGCAACCCCUGAUUCUGUUUUGAAGAAGUGGCAGGAAACUUGGAACACUUCUGAAUACAAAGAGAAGUGUGAGAAGUUUUCUGCCAAUAGGUGCAGUGAGGCUGGAGGUUCAGGAUCUGGCAUUUUCAGGCACGCAUGCGGUUCUAGGGAAAGACUAGGCAGAGAACCACAUCCUCAUGAGCUUUUUGAGACCACACAUAAGAGAAAGGGGACGGAGGAGUUUGUUGAUGCGAGAUCAAAAGCUAUUUAUAAAAAGAGUCGAGUUUAUGGGUUAGAGUCCCAGGCCUCAGCAUAUUUUCAUGAGCCAUCUCAUUGUUCUGCAUCAUACACGUCUGCACCUCCAGUGGAUCCUCCUACAAUUGAAACAAUGAACAAGAUGCAGAAUAAAAUUGAUCGGCUAGAGACAGAGAAUAGUCGAAUUACCACAAGGCUGGACGAGUUGCAGACGUUUAUGCAUAGGAUGAUGGCACAACAGGGUAUUGGGACAUCCACUCAGACAUCUGGUCCUACGGCACCUCCAGCUCCGUCUCCACAGCAGCGGCCUGAUGAUGCUCCUGUCAUUGGUGAUCAUCAUACAGAUAGUGAUGAUGAUACAGAUGAUGAGCUAGCUAGUUUAGUUUAG